GAUAUGAUGGAUAUUAACCACCUUGGGCUAGAAGUGACAGAGGCGAGGAAAUCAACAAAUUCCAACUCUGCGGGCGUGGCUUAGGUUGAAAGCUUCAGGUGGACGACUUUUGUACCUCGACCGGACGUUCAGAGCUUGAUCCGGAAGAGAAGGCGCGGUAACUAGGAAGUGCAGCCGAUUUCGCUCCUAGUUGUGCCGCGUCGCCAUUUUCUCGGCGCCUCAUCAAAAGCUCAGGGCAGAUGCGAUGGGUCCCUCAGAAACAGGCACCAGGAGCAGACCGAGAACUCCGAGGAGGCAUGGAACCUCCCGCACUGACCCCAAACUCUAGUGGGGGUGGCACUGCCCCCGCGUCGUCCUCUUCCCGCCACCGCGAGCACAAGAAGCACAAGCACCGGAGCAGCGGCGAGAGUGGCCGGGGAGACAGACAGGCCAGCAAGCGCACCCGCAGCCAGGGCGAGCGCAGCAGACAUGCCAGAGCAGUGAACAGACGAUGUCGUCGUCUCAGGCAAGCCGCAGGGGUGCCACUUAAUGGCAGCGCUUCGUGAGACCCGAAGGGACAGGCUCAGGGGGAGGCGAGUCAAGAGGGAGAAGCGCGACGAGGGAUAUGAAGCUGGUCAGAACUCAGCUGUUGUCACCAAGUCCAGCUCAGGAGAUGGUUCUUCCCUCAGCAUUGAGGAGACAAACAAACUCAGGGCUAAACUCGGGCUGAAGCCUCUGGAGGUAAAUACUAUCAAAAAGGAAACGGGCAGCAAGGAAGAUCCCGUGGCAGCCGAGGUCAUCAACCCGAUCGUGCUCAAGCAGCGUGAGGAGAUCAGGGAGAAGCUUGCAGCUGCCAAAGAGAAAAGGCUGCUCAACCAGAAACUCGGGAAGAUCAAGUCGCUCGGCGAAGAUGAUCCCUGGCUGGACGACACAGCUGCCUGGAUCGAGAAAAGCCGGAAGCUGCAGGUGGAAAAGGAGAUGGCAGAGAAGAGGGCCAAGCUGUUGGAGGAGAUGGACCAGGAGUUUGGCAUCAGCAGCCUCGUGGAAGAGGAGUUUGGGCAAAACAAGAAGGUCGGCUACAGUUCGCGAGACCUGAAGGGCCUGACCGUGGAGCACACGAUCGAUUCCUUCCAGGAUGGGGAGACAGUCAUCUUGACACUCAAAGACAAAGGUGUUUUGGACGAGGAGGGGGGUGAUGUCCUAGUGAAUGUCAACAUGGUGGACAAAGAAAAGGCGAAGAAAAACGUGGAGUUAGCAUGAAAGAAGCCCAGUACAGAACCCCUCUGUAGCGAGGGUGAGGAGAGUGUGGACGACAUGGUGAUAUACAAGCAUAAAAACAUCCUCUCCAAGUAUGACGAGGAAAUCGAAGGGGAGAAGAAGAAGUCCUUCAAGCUGGACUCCGUCGGGAUGGCCGACGGGUCUCGGGAGCGGGAGCUGCAGCAAAUCCGGGACAGCCUGCGCAAUCAGGCUCAGACCCUGGACAUGCCCAAUAUCUCCCUGGCGUCGGAAUACUUCACCCCGGAAGAGAUGAACGUGACCUUUAAGAAGACAAAGCGGCGGGUGAAGAAGAUACGCAAGAAGGAGAAGCUGGUGAAGGCUGCCGAUCUCCUGCCGCUGGGCAACGAGACCAGCGAGAGGGAUUUCGGCUCCAGGAGCCGCGGCCGAGGGAGGAGGGUUGCAGAGGAGGAGGAGGAGGAUGAAGAGGGGUACGCAGAGGAAGAUGAAAACGAAGACGCGGAGCAGCCGCUUCAGUCGGAUGACCUCCGGGUGGAGAGGAUGGACAUAAGCAGUGAAGACGAGGACGUUGGAAGGGGUCCAGAUUCUCCCACUGCCUUGGAGGAGGACGAGGCUGAACUGGAACUACAGAAACAGCUGGAGAAAGGGCGGAGACUGAGACAGAUCCAGCAGUUGAAAGACAGCGGGGAAAAGGUCAUAGAAAUAGUGAAAAAGUUGAAGACUGGCCGUAACCAGGAAGACGACGAUGAGCUGGAGAAGAAGGGGGCCAUCGUCUUCAAUGCCACCUCCGAAUUCUGUCGCACCCUGGGAGAGAUCCCUACCUACGGGCUGGCUGGCAACCGUGAAGAUCAGGAGGAGCUCAUGGACUUCGAGCGAGACGAUGAACGGUCAGCCAACGGGGGUUCGGACUCGGAUGGUGAGGAGAACAUCGGAUGGAGUACUGUCAACCUGGAUGAGGAGAAGCAGCAGCAAGACUUCUCGGCCUCUUCCACCACCAUCUUGGAUGAGGAGCCCAUUGUCAACCGGGGCCUGGCAGCCGCCCUGAUGCUCUGCCAAAACAAAGGCCUGUUGGAGACAACGGUGCAGAAGGUGGCCAGAGUGAAGGCCCCCAAUAAGUCUCUGCCGUCCGCUGUCUAUUGCAUCGAGGAUAAGAUGGCCAUUGAUGACAAAUACAGCCGACGUGAAGAGUAUCGGGGCUUCACCCAGGACUUCAAGGAGAAAGAUGGUUACAAGCCAGAUGUCAAAAUCGAAUACGUGGAUGAGACAGGACGCAAGCUCACGCCCAAGGAGGCAUUCCGGCAGCUCUCCCACCGGUUCCACGGCAAAGGUUCUGGCAAGAUGAAGACGGAGCGGCGUAUGAAGAAAUUGGACGAGGAGGCGCUCUUGAAGAAGAUGAGCUCCAGCGACACCCCUCUGGGCACUGUGGCUUUGCUGCAGGAGAAGCAGAAGGCCCAGAAGACGCCAUACAUUGUGCUGAGUGGCAGCGGCAAGAGCAUGAACGCAAACACCAUCACCAAGUGAGACUCUGACGUCCACAUCUAUUUGGAGUUGGGCCUUAGAUCUUGCUCUCUCACUGACCCUUUGCAGAGCAGGUCUGUGCCUGGGACACAAUACAGAACACUUGGAUCUUUGGAGACGGUUGGAAUCUGGACAGCAAGAUGUAUUGCCUGCACACAACAGACACUUGAGCAAACUGAUCAGCUGUUUCCUUCCAGAUGUGCAGAAGGGAGGGCGGUAUCUUUGUAUAUACUUGUGGAGCUGAGUUUCUGACGACGCCCUUUGGUGUUAGUUUAUUUUAUGUGAAACCAAAAUAGAAUAAAAGUAGCUACUUCUC